AUGGGCCACGACGGCGGGAGGGACAGGGGACUCCGCCAUGGCCGGAAGACGCGCACCGCCGUCAAGCAGCAGUUCCGCCAGCAGACAGCGACCGAGGCCCAGCCGGUGGGCGGAGGCGGCCAUCCUGUCCCUUCCCCCGGCGCAGUCGCCGGCCGGGGGGGGUUUCUUGACGACGAGGAUUCACCGUCAGGAGCUUCUUGCGGCGAGUCCGGGUGGGGCUACUGCACGGAGGAGCAGCUGGAGGAGCUCCUGCUGCGGAACCUGGACCAGGUCUACCGGGAGGCGCUGGCCAAGCUGGCCGCCCUCGGCUACGACGAGGAUCUUGCCCUUUCUGCGGUGCUGCGCAACGGCCACUGCUACGGCAGCAUGGACGCCCAAUCUAACAUCAUCCAAAACUCCCUCGCCCAAAUCGACAGCUUGUCCGGCCCCGAUCCGUCGUCGGACGGCGGUGGCGGCUCUUCGGCGGCGUUCUCAGACCUGCGCCAUCUUGUGGAGUAUUCCCUCGCCGGCAUGGUCUGCUUGCUCCGGCAGGUCCGGCCUCAUCUGACGCGCGGCGAUGCCAUGUGGUGCCUUCUGAUGAGCGAUCUCCACAUUGGGCGCGCUAGUACCAUCGAUGUCCCCGUAACCCCUGCCAUCGGCGCUGGCGGCGAUGAUUUUGCAGAGGACGGCAAUAGCGACAUCGAGCUGGAGUGUGCGAGGCGUUUCGACCUUCCACCGGCGAUGGAGUCGCUACUGAGGCGGAACGUUGCGGCGUUCGGCAUCGGAUUUCGUGCCAGAUCAAAGACACCCCCAAUGUCCACGCCCGCGGGUUCCCAACUCGGUCCAUUUUCUUUGAACCAGAGUUUUGAGGACGGUGCGGGUCUAGGGGCUGGGACCAGGGAUUCGACGGAUUCUGAUGUCGUAUCGCCGGUGCUUAGUGGUCUAGAGAAAUUGAACAUCGAGGAGGAGAAGGCAAUUGGUGAGGUAGCGGAGGAUCAGAAAAAGGAAAUCAUCGCGGAUAUCUUCCGCGAAAUCCGCGGGCUGGAGGAGCAGUUGAAUGAGAGAAUGGAAUGGGCACAAGACAAGGCUUUCCAGGCGGCGGGAAAGCUGAGCUGUGAUUUGUCAGAGCUUAGAAUUUUGAGGCAGGAUAGAGAAGAGACACUGAACGCAAAGAGUACGAGGCAGAUUAUGGAUGAUUCCUCGAUAAAGAAAAUAGAGGACAUGGAGGACGCUCUAAGGAAGGUAAGCAUAGAGGUUGAUAGAGCGAACGAGGUGGUCCGUAGGCUGGAGUUGGAGAACAAGGAGCUAAAGGCGGAGAUGGCAGCAUCAAAAUUGAGCGCGUCAGAGUCAGCAAUGAUGUCAAUGGAGAUAGCGAAGCGGGAGAAGAAGUCUAUGAAGAAACUUGCCGCUUGGGAGAAGCAGAGGAUAGAGUUGCAGGGAAGCAUAACAGAGGAGAAGAAAAAGGUUGAGCAGUUGCAGCAACACUCGACUCAGAUGAAGAAGGCGAAAACAGAAAUGGAGGUUAGUGCGGCUGUUGUUUAUGAUUGUUUCCACAUUACUAUACUUUGCAAUUUUAAUGUUAUGCAUUUAAAGGAAUUAUUGUAGCGUGCCUUAUUUAUUUCCAUCAUCUAUUUCCCAGAAGCUCUUCACUACGGAUCCAACUGGUAAAUAUUCUUCUCGUUAGUUACAUCAGAGAGAAGUCAAUAUAUAUAUAUAUAUAAACAAGAGUCAGUUGAAUAUGACGAACUUUAAGCAGAGUGACCCCCGACUAUCCCUUCUACAAUCCACGACCAGAAGUCACAUUUAGGGCAAUCUCGUUGACUUCCUAAAGAUGUCUUCAGUAUCUGAGAGAAAUGACGGGUGUGGAAGGAACCUUUACGUAUGGGAUGGAAGCCACUAACCUGUCACAUAUACUAUUUUAGGCUUCAAUCACCCUGUGGAUUUGAGAUUGAGAUGUUGUAUUGUUGUUCCGCCUACUGGAUAGGCCUAGAGUUAUGGCUACCGAUUUUAUUCAAUUUUCUAGUCUUUACGAAACAUUCAGCCUGACUGAUGAAUUUACUCUUUGAUACAUCGUGAGAAAAAAUAAUUUUAGAUUGUCGGAAUGAUAUUCUAAAAUCUAUUGAACAUGCACUCCUAGGACAUUUUCGAACUAAUGACUUGGAAAAAUUAGAGGAUGUAGGUAGUGCCCUAAACAUGUCGAGGAAAUACCUUCAGUCUCUAAUCAACCUUUGAACUACUUUCUAUUCAGUUUGAAAGAAGCUAUUCAAUGACAUGACAGGCAAUGGUGCUACACCACUUUGGGAAAUAAUGGUGGCACAAAACGGUGUUCUAUUCCAUCAUGAUCAAGACAAGUAUCGUUGUCAAUGCGGUUCCCAUCAAAUGGGAAUAUCAACAUGGAUCACAUGUCAUGUUCUUAUUCAGAUAAUUUCAAUUUUUUUCCCUCUCCAUCUUUGUUCUUCAUAGUUAUCGCUUUCCUCUGUUAGAAUUGUACCCAAAAGAAAAUCAGAUGAGUGGACAUAAUUUGGUGCUCGUGCCAAUCGUCUUCUCGGGUGUGCAACAGAUUCCAAACCAACCAAUUCCAAUGACCUUACAUGCCUCAUCACUGUGAGCGUCGCUCUCUCUAUAAUAGGCCACCUGAUCUCUCCAUUUCUUAACCUCUUCGUGUAACUAUUCUUGUUUAUUACUUGACCCAUCCCAUCUCAUCCGUGUAGCCUCUUCCUAGUUGUUCAACAUUAUGUGCCGUUAAUAUUUCCAGUCAAAUUGUCAUUUGUUUCAUAAAACUUUUCCCUUAGUUUUUAUUUUACCGGCAAGAAGCAGUAUUGCAACGCGUCCAUGCGUGGGUUAUCCAUUUUGACACUGGAGCUGUAUUCCUGUGGAUUAGACACCCAUAGAAUCUUAAUGGAGCGUCCAUGCGUGGGUGCUCCAUUCGCUUUCUUCUUUAUUGACUCCACACCUCUCGCAUCCAUCCUGAAGCUGCUAGAUCGUCAGGCGAAGAAUAUCCCCAUUCUGUCUGUCGUCUUCAAGUGCUAUCCUUGUAGUGUUUCUACUCUUUCUACAUGCAGUAAAUGCCUGGAAGUAGUAAGUCGAUAACUGAAAGGUUUUUUAUUUCCCGAUGUCUUGUUGUUGUUGUUGUUGUUGUUGUGGUUGUUCUAUCUCUCUGCAGGGGAAGCUGAGGCAGGAGAUGAAGGCCAAGGAGGAGGCCGUGGCGCGGGGGGAAGAGGAGCGCAAGGCCAAGGAGGCCUGCGAGGGCGGGAUCAGGAGGAAGCGCGACGCCCUGCGUCGCAAGGUCGAGGUCGACUUCCAGCGCCACCGGGACGACAUCCAGCGCCUGCAGGACGAGCUCGCCCGCCUCAAGUCCUCGCCGCGGCCCGCGGCGCUGCGCUCUCCUCUCCCGACGCCACCGCUGCCGCCGAGCCCUGUCGCCGCCGCCGUUCGGCACAGGGCGCCCGUCCGUGCGGCCGCGGCGGAGGCGGCGGGCCGGAGGGAGUGCCUGACGUGCCGGCGGGAGGUGUGCGUAGUGUUUCUGCCGUGCGCGCACCAGGUGCUGUGCGCCAGCUGCAGCGAUAACCACGAGAAGAAGGCCCGGGCCCGCUGCCCCACCUGCAAUCUCCGCAUCCAGCGGAGGAUCCGGGUCUUCGGCGCCACCGCAUAG